UGGUUUGUUUAUAAAUGCUCAUGCAUUCUAACUGUGCUAUUUUUGAAACAGGCAUCUUAUUCCAGGGGAGUCAAUAUCCAGUUUAAAAACGAGGAGGAGAGUGAAGCCUUCCAUUGUGUAGUCCAACAAUGGAAAAAGGAAAUCAAUGCUCAAGGAACAAAUGGGCGAAAUCAAUCAAAUAUAACUUCUAAAAGCAAAUUUGAUGAGAAAAUAGAGUCAUCAUCUGCCAAAAUGUAUUUUCAUUACUAAGGACAACUUCUGCAUCAGCAAAAUAUGUUACAGGACUAUGUGCGGACAGGAACCUAUCAUGCUGCUGUUAUUGAGAACCGGUCUGAUUUCGCUGGUCGUGUUGUAGUUGAUGUGGGUGCUGGUAGUGGUAUUUUAUCACUAUUUGCUGCUCAGGCUGGUGCAAAACAUGUUUAUGCUGUGGAAGCAUCUGAAAUGGCAGAAUAUGCACGGAAACUUAUAGCUGGAAAUCCAAUGCUAGCUCAACGAAUUACAGUGAUCAAAGGCAAAGUUGAGGAUGUUGAAUUGCCAGAGAAAGCAGAUAUUCUGAUAUCUGAGCCCAUGGGAACCUUGUUAAUCAAUGAAAGAAUGUUGGAGUCUUAUGUCAUUGCCAGAGAUAGGUUUCUUGUUCCUACGGGAAAAAUGUUUCCAGCUCUGGGAAGGAUUCACAUGGCACCUUUCACUGAUGAAUAUUUGUUUAUAGAAAUUGCUAAUAAGGCACUGUUUUGGCAGCAACAGAACUAUUAUGGUGUUGAUUUAACACCCCUGCAUGGGACUGCAUUUCAAGGAUACUUUUCUCAGCCUGUGGUGGAUGCUUUUGAUCCAAGACUGUUAAUAGCUCCUUCAAUAUCCCAUGUGAUAGACUUCACCAAAAUAAAGGAGGAAGAACUGUAUGAAAUUGAUAUUCCUCUGAGAUUCAUAGCCUCUGUGGGCACCAGAGUUCAUGGCUUAGCUUGUUGGUUUGAUGUGCUGUUCAAUGGAAGUACUGUGCAAAGGUGGCUUACCACUGCUCCUGGGUCACCGACAACCCAUUGGUACCAGUUACGUUGUGUUCUCUCACAGCCAAUAUACGUCAUGGCUGGACAAGAAAUUACUGGCAGGCUUCACUUGAUUGCCCACAAUGCACAGAGUUAUACAAUUUAUUUAACAUUGUCAGCUAAAAUGUGGGGUCCUGGUGCUGAACAAGGGGGAAUUCUCCAAACAUCUUCCUGUAAACUUGAUCUGAAAGAACCCUAUUAUAGAAUGUCUCAACCACAGGCUUAUGCAUUAGCUCAAGAUCAACAAUCUCAACCACUUAUAUCAACGCAGGAUAUACAUAUUCAAUCUCAGGAUUUAGAUGAACCUGAAUUUGUACAACAGCCUUCGCCUAAUUCAUGUGUCCAGAUUGAUCCACUGAUGCAGAAUAUUUGACUUGACAAAUCCUAACCCAAAUUUCUAUUUGUAACAUGAGUUUGCCAUGAUGUAACAUGUUGGGGCCAUUUGUCUGUAUUUAGACAUUUCCCUUGCCUGUAAAUUACAUUGUGUUCAAUCUAUUGUGGGUGAUUGUCACCCUCACAAAUCUAUCAAAUCUCAUGCCAUGCCUCACAAACUAGGGAAUUUAACGAGCUGGUUCAGUUAAA